GUCCACACUUUGUCCUUUUCAUGUCUAACAUUGAAUAAAUCAACCCCUCAACUCUUCAAAACCGCAAGCAGUCACCCAAGAAGAACAAGUUGAGAGAUUCAUCACAAAAAAUGGAGAAGAAAACCAUGGCUAGGAGGGCACAUUGUUUGGUGCUGGCAUAUCCAGCUCAAGGUCACAUCAAUCCCAUGCUUCAAUUCUCAAAACUACUGGAACGGCAAGGGGUGAGAAUAACUCUUGUCACAACUCGUUUCUACUACAAUAUCUUGCAAACUGUGCCUCCUUCUAUUGCCCUUGAAACCAUCUCUGAUGGGUUUGACAAUGGUGGACUAAAAGAGGCUGGUAGCUUCCAAACCUAUUUGGAACGCUUUUGGCAAGUUGGGCCACUCACCUUUUCUGAGCUUCUUGAGAAACUUGGUAGAUCAAGCGAUGACCAUGUUGAUUGUGUUGUCUAUGAUUCAUUCUUAUCUUGGGCACCAGAUGUUGCUAAGAGAUUUGGGAUUGUUGUAGCAACUUAUCUCACUCAAAACAUGAUUGUGAAUAGUAUAUACUAUCAUGUUCUCUUGGGGAAGUUGCAGGUUCCACUCACAGAACAUGAGAUUUCCCUUCCAGCCAUGCCUAAACUUUAUCAUGAGGACAUGCCUAGUUUCUUCUUCGGUGAGUAUGUUACUUAUCUUGAUUUUGUAGUUUCUCAGUUCUCCAGUAUUCACAAAGCUGAUUGGAUCCUCUGCAACACCUUCUAUGAGCUGGAAAAAGAGAUAUCAGAUUGGAUGGUGAAGGUUUGGCCACAAUUUAAGACUAUAGGACCAAACAUUCCAUCUUUCUUUCUAGAUAAACAAUGGGAAGAUGACAAAGAUUAUGGGGUCACAGAAUUCAAGAGUGAAGAAUGCAUGGAAUGGUUAGAUGAUAAGCCAAAAGGGUGUGUUGUUUAUGUAUCAUUUGGGAGUAUUGUUUCGUUUGGUGAAGAGCAAAUGGAAGAAAUAGCUUGUUGUUUGAGAGAGUGUUCAAGUUAUUUCUUGUGGGUGGUGAGAGCCUCUGAAGAAACCAAACUUCCUAAAGAUUUUGAGAAAAAAACAGAAAAGGGUUUGGUAGUAACAUGGUGUUCCCAAUUGAAAGUUCUUGCUCAUGAGGCUGUUGGGUGUUUUGUGACACACUGUGGUUGGAAUUCCACUUUAGAAACUUUGUGCUUGGGAGUUCCAACAGUUGCAGUACCAUAUUUGGCAGAUCAGAGCACAAAUGCAAAGCUUGUUUCAGACGUUUGGAAAAUUGGAACCAGAGCUCUGGUUGAUGAGAAAAAGGUUGUGCGACGAGAAACUCUGAAGCACUGUAUAGAUGAAAUAAUGAAUGGAUGUAAAGAAAUGAAGAACAAUGCCAUUCAAUGGAGGAGUUUUGCAGUAACCGCUGCUAGUGAAGGUGGUAGUUCUUAUGAAAAUGUCAAAGAAUUUGUGAAUAAUUUAUGGCAUUCUAAAAUGGAGAUUACUUCGUGAUCAGAGAAGAAGUUGCUGUGUUGUAUUUCCCUGUAACAGGUUGAUCAAUAAUUCAGUACAUUCAUAAGCUUCAUGAUCAAAUGUACUUCAUGAUAUGACAAAUAAUUCCUGUUAUAUUUUCAUGCGAACAUUUUAUUAUAACUAAUAGUAUAUCCAUUUUAUCAGUUA